CGCAUCUCUAAAGCGAACCACCGUGCUCCGGUUGGUGGGGUGGGCCUCCUCGUCUGCUCCCUGCUCCUCCUCCUCUGGUCUUCUCCGGCGAGCUCUGCACCACCGGCCCCGCCGUCGCCGGCGCCGUAGGCGGGAUGACGACGGCCUCGAGGCUGUCCUACAAGAACGCCACCGUCGCCCUGUGCGCCAUCAACGUCCUCACGGUGGCGCUCCUCCUGCGCAGCCACUUCUCGUCCUGGCCGCGGAUCGCCGGCGGCCACCGGUUCGAUUCAGCUCAGCUACGGUACAUAUGGGAGUCCGAAGAGUUGCGCCGUGCCAUGGAGCCUGUGGAUUUGAUUAGGAGAGUGAAAGAAAUUGAACAAGAAGCUUAUGGAGAGCCUGGCAUGUCAGCAACGCAAGAAGGGACGGCUGCUGUUGACUUGUCGAAAAGGUUGAAAGAUUUACGGCAAGGGAAUGACGGCAGCAGCCAAAGAGCACUGGAGGAGUGGCGCAAGCGGAAGAUGGAGCGGGCGAGGCAGCGGGCGAUCGAGAAGGACGGGAUGAUGCCGGGCGCAAAAACACCAUGAAGCGUACGUGUACGACAAGCGUUCCAGGACACAAGGGGGGGCACUGGUAUUCUUCUGCUUCUGCUUAAGCCCCUGGGGUUGCUGCGGCGAGUAAAUAAUGAUGUUCAUCAGUGGUCUGUUGAACCGACAGUGGCCGCACGAUCGUCUCACAGCGAUCUUCUGCCGUGCCUGUAAAAUCACCUGUAGCACAUACUGCUGUGUUUUUUUUUGCGGGUUUAAAAGUAGUUUAUUCCAAAGUAACAGGCUUACAGUCCGCUAAUACAAGAUUAUGAAUGAAGAGGGGUGGCCGUUGCAACCAACAAGCGGUGCUACGAGUCGUUCGGGCAUAAUUAGCAAGACAAUGUGAGACCAUGUUCUGUGAUCUCAGGAUCUUCACUGGUUUAAACUUCCUCUGUAGCAUGUAGUUCUUGA